AGUACAUUGAGAAGGCUUUUAGCACCGGGUAGUGAGCAAUAAACGACAUGUGCCCGUGACCUGUGUGCUCGAGAGGCAGCGACGAUGGUGUCCUCGGGCGGUCGGGUGCUCUUCAGGGCUGCUUCCAAACUCCUGCCUCGACCAAGCUGGAGUCGAGGAUGUGUGUGGUGUCAAUGCAGGAGCAUUUCUGUGAAACCAGGAGGUUUGAAACCAAAGACAGUUCCCGCUCGCUACCUGGGCCAGCCAAGCCCUUUCACUCAUCCGCACCUCCUCAAAUGUGGUGAGGUGACACCCGGCCUGAGCCAAACGGAAUACGAACUCCGCAGACACAGACUGGCCUCUCUCAUUGAGGCCCAGUCGGACAGGCUUGGACCGCCGGCCUCCUCCAGCACCCAUGUGCUUAUUGUUUUGUCCCAUCCCACCCGCUACAUGACCAAUGACAUACCCUAUCCUUUCCACCAGAACCAGGAUUUCCUCUACCUUUGUGGCAUCUUGGAGCCUGACAGUGCUUUGGUUCUGUAUGGGAAAGGGCGACCAGACAAGACCAUCCUGUUUGUCCCACGUCGAGACCCAGGCAGGGAGCUGUGGGAUGGACCACGGUCAGGGAAGGAUGGAGCGGCUGCUUUAACUGGCAUAGAGAGGGUUCACAGCACAGAGGAAUUGGGCGUUGUCCUCAAAAGCAUUAAAGGUUCAACGCUGUGGUAUGAUAGCUCCAAUCCAUCCCACUCUCGCCUCCACCAAGCACAUGUCAGUCCCCUCCUAGAGGCGGGGGCCAUGCCACGCCCCCUCAGACCACUCAUUCAUUCACUCAGGGCCCUGAAAAGCUCAUCAGAGGUAGCCCUCAUGCAUGAGGCAGGUCGCAUCACAGCACAGGCGUUUAGGAGGACAAUGACUCUGUCUCUUGGGGAUGUGGAUGAAUCUUUGCUCUUUGCUAAGUUUGAUUUUGAGAACCGACUCCAUGGUGCUAACUUCCUGGCAUAUCCUCCGGUGGUAGCUGGAGGGAAUCGCGCCAAUACCCUGCACUACAUCAACAACAACCAGAUGAUUAAGGAUGGUGAAAUGGUGCUUCUCGAUGGUGGUUGUGAGUAUUUUGGUUAUGUCAGCGAUGUUACCCGAACGUGGCCGGUAAAUGGGAAAUUCAGUACUGCCCAGGCGGAACUUUAUGAAGCGGUCCUGGAGGUCCAGCUCUCCUGUUUAUCUCUGUGCUCUCCGGGUGUCAGUCUAGAUCACAUCUACAGUACCAUGCUGGCCCUGUUGGGAAGACAGCUCAAGCGUCUCGGCAUAGUCAAGGCCGGUACCAGUGAUGCUGAUGUGCUGAAGGCUGCAAGACGGUACUGCCCCCAUCAUGUCGGGCAUUAUUUGGGCAUGGAUGUCCAUGACACUCCUGAACUGUCCCGCUCGCAGCCUUUACAGCCUGGAAUGACCAUCACCAUAGAACCAGGAUUGUAUAUUGGUGAGGAAAACGAGCAGGCCCCAGAGCGUUUCCGCGGUAUCGGCAUCAGGAUUGAGGAUGACGUGCUGAUUCGGGACAAGGGGGGGCCUCUAAUUCUAUCCGCUGAUGCCCCAAAGACCAUCUCUGAUGUCGAACUGGCUUGUGCCCAAAGAUAGGGCAGGGGUGAGACAUGUCUGUGAUGGUGGACACUCGUUCUCUGCUCCUCAGCUGGCUCCAUGGUAAUCAGCUGAUCCAGGUACAUGGAAGAUGGCAGCACAAUAUUAGAACUAUUGUGUGUUUGCUAUACAGUCAUCACAUUCACAUUCAGUCAUGAUGUCAUGAUGAUUCAGUCAGAUGAAGUUUUUUUUUUUUUCCCCCCGGUAUACUGAUCGGCAAAACACCAAAACCUUGAUGACAACUAUGAUUUUUCUGGACGUUUGUCUGAACAUAUAAAAAAUAUCAAGAUCAUUUUGGCGUCUUGACGUCUACCCUAUGGGAACAUCAUUUUAUUCUUAUUGUCCUAGCACUGAACUUUGAAUCCAACUCGAGAAAUAGCUUAUUUAUCAUUUGUCAUACACAACACAGUACCCUACAUACACAUUGCAUUGUUUUCAGGUUUUCUGUCCUGUUUAUACACACAAAUCCUGAAUAAUAAGACCCACAUACCAUACCAAUAGAAUGAGUUAGUGUAUAUUGUCUGAUAAACUGAUCUAACCUGUUUUUUAAAGAAAAUUAUCUGUAUAUAUUGAAUGCAUGUUUAAAAUAUUUAUACAUGUUAAUAAAUUCUAGUUUAAUCCAACAGAAAACUACAGACCUACCUCUUUAGCAAAGUCAAACCAUGUUUUUGUGUUGCCUAACUAAAAGUAAAAGAUGCAAGUGAGAAGUAGUCAAAAUUAAACCUUUUUUUUUUUAUUAAGUGUUUACAUAUUGAUUUCGGACUGUAAACCGGGUGGUACAAUUCCGUGCAGAACAUGAAUUAAGCAUCUUCCCCGUUCUCUCUUGCCACAUCCAGUAUGGCGGUGACGUCUAUUUAUGAUUCAGUGCUCAAUGCAGCGUCUACGUCACCCCAGAAACUCAAACAUCCGCAAGAAGUCCACCUACCCGACUUACUUGAACGCGUUAGCCCAGCACAGGAACUGGCACAUGCGCAACAAAGACUUGGGCGUUUUGAACGACUCCGUCAAUACUCUACCAUCUUUAUUGCAAAGUGUGAGUGUGCCCUUAUAAAACUUCAAUCUAGAAGUUGUCCUGCCUUUUUCACCAUCAACAAUAGUGGUUCAUCUGAUCAUUUCCAUUUCAUUACUCAUAGAUCUAAACAAGUGGUCCAAAAUGCCUGAAUACUAAAAUAAAUCUAAGAGACUCUUGUUUCUGAAUUUUGAUGACAAAGUUCUGACAAAAGUUUCCAGUUCAAGCUUUAUAAAACAACCCAUUCUACAAGUUUUCACUCAUUUAAAUGUACCACGCGCCACUGCCCUGCCUUGGUUAGGUUCUGCACUUGCUUCAAGCAUCGUAUUCAUGCUCCUUCAUUGCAAGCCACGGCCCAUGUAACACACAUGUACUUGCAUUAGUUAGCUUUGUUGUCAGCCAAUAAUAGAGAUUUGGCAAAGUUUAGCAUUAACUGUUAUUGGUUAUCAUAACCACACAAUGACUCCAAAUUGUCGGUCGACUCUCUGAGACUGGUUUUGUGUACGCGCUACAGACACAUGUAUGUGUAUAUGAGACAGCGUUAAACUUUUUUUUUUUGCAAAGUUUAACUUUGAAUUGUGAUAGAUUUACACAUUUAUUUGUUCUGUUCUUUGAAACCACUAGUGUUCUUUUGGUAUGUUUUGGUUGAAAAAGUAUAAUAGCACCUUGAAUGUUCGGUUUUUAUAUUGGCCCGCGGCACUUUGUAGAAAUACAAUUA